UUCCUCCAGCUCAGCUCCUCUUCUGGAGUCCUUUUCCCACUCCGCUUGCUUCCGCCUUCAUCCUUGAGUGGCCGGUGGGAACUUGAAGGGAGAGGAAAAGACGCAGGAAGCCCGAGAGAGGUGUGGGAAAAGCGAAAACAGGCUGCUAAACCAGGGGAUUCCUUCCAGUUUAAAAAGGAAGUCGGCUGACGUCCGUCAGUUCAAUGUGACAUCCUUUUCUGUGCAACAUUUGACUUUGGACACAAAAAUGAACUUUGCGGAGAAAGAGAGCUCUAAGAGAUACUGCAUUAAAACGAAACAUGUGGCCAUCAUCUGUGCGGUGGUGGUGGGCGUAGGAUUAAUAGUAGGACUUGCCGUGGGCUUGAGCAGAUCGUGUGACUGCAGCACAGACGCGGGGCAGAGCGCGGCUCCGGCGGCGUCCCAGCUGCCUCCCACGGCCGGCCCUGCGGAUGUGCCUGCGCAGGACCAGGACGUCUGCCCUGCCAGUGCAGAUCAGAGCGGAGGGUGGACGAGUUUCAGGCUGCCGGACUUCAUCACCCCCGUGCACUACGACCUGGAGGUGAAGCCCUUGCUGGAGGAGGACACGUACACAGGCACCGUGAGCAUCUCCCUCAACGUGAGCGCGGCCACCCGGCACCUGUGGCUGCACAUCCGGGAGACGAGGAUCACGCGGCUCCCGGUGCUCAAGGGGCCCUCCGGGGAGGAGGUGCCAGUCAGCAGGUGUUUCGGGUACGAAGAGCACGAGUACGUGGUGGUCGAAGCAGAAGGAGAGCUUCCACCCAGCGGUGGUGAUGGUCUCUACCUCCUGACCAUGGAGUUCGCCGGCUGGCUCAACACGUCCCUCGUGGGGUUCUACAGAACCACCUACACGGAGAACGGACAAGUCAAGAGCAUAGCGGCCACUGAUCAUGAACCAACAGAUGCCAGGAAAUCCUUCCCUUGUUUUGAUGAGCCCAACAAAAAGGCAACUUACACGAUAUCCAUCAUCCACCCCAAUGACUAUGGUGCACUUUCAAACAUGCCAGUGGAGAGUGAAGAGUCUGUGGAUGAUACAUGGAAACGAACAACUUUCCAGAAGUCUGUUCCCAUGAGUACUUACCUGGUGUGCUUUGCCAUACAUCAAUUUUACCCUGUGGAGCGAAUGUCAAAUAGUGGAAAACCUUGAGCGGACCAGUCUCUAUAUGGGAUCCGA